UUCUCUCUCUCUAUAUAUGUGUGUGUGUGCUCUCUGUUUUUCUUUUCUGAUUAAGAUCUCCGAUUCUCAUUUAACCCCGUCGAUCUUAAUUAGUUUCUUUUGCAGUUAAUUAAUGGCGUCCCCUGGUUCAUCGUCAGAUCUCUAUAGAGAAACUGAAGGGGAUGAUGUUCUAGUCGAUAUUCAGCAUAAUAGCGGACUCGAUUUAGCAGGAUUGCAAAAGGAUCUCACUUGGCAAAAUCAAGAUAAUACCGGAUUGGAUCUUACAGCAUCGCAAAAGGAUCUCCCUUGGCAAAAUCAAGGCAAUAUCCGAGCGAUUUUUGAAGAAUCACAAAAGCGUUUCAGCUCCCCUAAACAAGAUGUAGCACAUUUUACCCUAGCUGCUAGUACAAGGGAAAAGAAAAGAUUGUCCGACAAAGCUUACAGCGAGCGAGAGAAGCUUAAAAGAAAGAAGAUGGAGUCUGAUUUAGUAGUGGUUGGCAGCGAAAAUAAAUAUUUAAAGGGGGAGAACGGACGGUUGAGAUCAGAUAACGAUGUGACGUAUCAAAGUCUGCAAGCAAUAGCAGCUGGGAACCAGAAACUUAAGACUCAAGUACGUUGUUUGAAGAGAGAUGCAAAUCAACAAGUAGUUCUCGUGGACGCAUUUUCACGUAAACAACUGCUGAAAAGUCAUGAGGGUAGCCAGCUUUUAAUGCUUAGACAAGAGAGAGAUAGACUGCGUAGAAAUGUCGUCUGGAAUCCUUAGAUGGAAGAGGAGAAACAACUUUUGGAAAGAAUAGUCAAUUUGGAACAUCAGAACAGAGCCUUGAAAUUUCAAGUUGAAGCUCUGUGUGAGAAGAUCGAUAACGAUAAGAACCAUGAAUAGAGACAACUAUGAGGGACAUAUAUAUAUAUAUAUAUAUAUAUAUAUAUAUAUAUAUAUAUAUAUAUAUGAAAUGGUUCUGAUUCAAUCUCUUCCACUUAGGCUUCCGUUUUGUUUAGCCUCUUCUUCACGGGUUUUGUUUCUGCUCUCUUCUUUGAAACCUUUGCCCUCAACUUCUCUAAUGUAGCCUUCAUUUGGUUUAGGAGGAUUUGGAGAACAAAUGAGAAGUUGCAAAAAGGGAGGAUUAAAAAAGAAAUCUGAAUGUAAUUAGCUUAUUAAAAUACGAGAUCUAACGGUACGGACCUCGAGCCUCCUUUUGUUUGUCAUACAAUGGCGUCGUACCCUGUUUUGUGUCCUCACUGACAUGACUGAUUCUUCAAUAAUCUGUUAAGAAUCUCUAUCGCAGUUAAAUUGAUCAAUAUUUCAGAUUAAAAUUCGAGAGAAACAAGAGGAGGAAGGGAGAGAGAACUUCCUCUGAGAAGAAUUAAGUAUAUAUGUACAUAUCUAAUUCUUUGUCAAAACAUUAUGAUUUGGAAAUAAUAAUCUUAACAUCAGCUAUAGAAUUCACAAUUUAAAAGAAUCAUCAGAUCAGUCGUUGAUAGUGAACAUCGUAUGAAUCGCCAAGCAAUCAAUAAGAUGAGUGAUGAUGGGUAAGGUGUUGGACUCUUUUUGCGCUCUCUUUUUCUAAUUUUUCAGCAUCCAAAAGUGAUCAGGGAUGUUCGGUACAGAAAGUACCAGACUGUCGUCAUGUAUUAAGUUUGAACCGUUGGAUGAAUCCAACGCCAUCCAACGAUCCAAUUCUCUGCCAUAUUCUCUCUUACAUUAAACUAGUAUUUGUUGACUUGUUGGAGCUUGUGCAAGUAGCCUUGCUUUCUCUCUCUCUAUUCUCUAUACCUGAUUAAUUUUGGGUGCUGCUAUUUAGACCCCCGUUUUUGCUAUUUAGACCCCCAUUGAUUAGACAAUUCUGAGUAUUGGAGCCGUGUUGAUGUUUGAUUGUCUUAUCUACGUGUGUUAGUGACAAAUAUAAAGGUAAUAAUGAGGGAGACAGACAAGACUAGUGACGGUGAUUAAGAGAGAGAAAGAUCAAGAGAGAGGGAAUUAUUAAUUGUUUAAUAUAUAUAUAUAACUGGAAAUACCACAAUUAUCUAAAAACCUAAUUCAUAUACAUUAUUAUCGUAUAAAUUAUUAAAUCCAUACAUAGAUUUUAUCAAGCAAGCUUAGUGUUCUUGUUUUUUAGAGAAGUGACAAGGUUAGCAAAGUGCUGUCUUUUUAACCUCGUUUCCCAAAAAAUACAACGUAGAGCUAGGCUUUUGACAUUUUGCUAUAGACUGCAUCCUUAUUGCUCAACCUUUUGCCUUUGGAUUUGUCCUAAAUAUU